AUGGUAUCAGAAGACGAUAUUGCCACUUUUCUGGCCAUUACAAAUGUCGACUCAACAGAUAUAGCAAAACACUUCAUUGAUAUGUCUGGUGGAAAUUUAGAUACGGCAGUAUCUCUAUAUUUUGAGCAUGGAUCAACUAUUACCCACACUAAUAAUAAUAAUAGUGGCGACAACCACACACCAACAAAUAACAAUGAUGAUCUGGCACUUGCUGAAAGGUUACAAAAUGAAGAAAACCAACGAAUCGAACAACAACAAGACAACAACAGCGUCAGAGAACCAAUUCAAGUGAGACAUGAAACUUUAAUAGAUACUUCAGAAACAAUUGUUUUCCCAAACGUUUCAUUUGGAGGAAUUGGAGGCAGAUUUAAUCCAUUAACUUCUAUUUCCACUAAUCAUCCAAGGAGUGUAUUUAACCAAAAUCGAAUAGAGAUUCUUGAUGACGAUGAUGACGAUGAUGAUGAUGAUAAUGAUUAUGAUGACGAUGCUGAUGAUGACCCUAUUGAUGAAUAUGACUACAAUAACUAUGAUGAUGAUGAUGAUGAUGAUAAUGAUCACAUGGAUGAAUAUAAUAACGAUGAAGACAUAGAAUUUAUUUCUGAAAACUAUCGUUCAAGAUCUAAUCAUACUCGUUACAAUAACAAUAAUAAUGACACUGAAUAUGGUGAAGACGAAUUUGACCGUGUUCAUGAGGUGGAGGAAGAAGAAUAUGACAAUGAUGAUUAUGAUAGACCUUAUCCAAUACGUACAAAUAAUCGCCACAGAACGCAUCAAGAAAAAUUGGCAAUGUUAUUCAGACCGCCUUUUGAUUUAAUACAGAAUAUAACUUUAGACGAGGCUAAACUAGAAGGCAGAAGAUCCAAUAAAUGGAUCAUGAUCAAUAUCCAAGCAGUUGAUGUUUUUCAAUGUCAAGUAUUAAAUAGAGAUUUAUGGAAAGAUGGAAGAGUGAAAAGGUUGAUUAGUAACAACUUUAUUUUUUUGCAAUAUCACUACGACACCAUAAUAGGACAAAACUAUUGUCAGUUUUAUGGCUUAUUAAACGGGAAAGACUCUUUACCUCAUAUAGCUAUACUAGAUUCUAUAACUGGUGAAAGGUUAAAACAAUGGAAUACACAAGUUCCUGCUACAGAAAGUUUUAUCAACGAGCUCGAUGAAUUUUUGAGUUUGAACCCUAUUCCUGGUACUGCUCAAUCAGAACCAAUAGAACAAAAAAGCUUGGCUGUCGUUUCUGGCACUACCUCUGAUGAUGAUAAAAAUAUUGACACAAAUACUGCUUUUAGUGGUACCGAUGAUUCUAUUAAAAAAGGGGGGGGGACAAUAGAAGAAGAAGAAAAAGAAGAAGAAAAGCAAGAAUUAAGUGUAUUUGAUUUAAUUGAAGCUGUUAAACGUCCAGAACCACAAAAUACACCUGGCGUAACUACAAGGUUGCAAAUAAGGACAAGCACUGGUCGUAGAAUAGUACGUAGAUUUAAUAUUGAAGAUAAAGUACGUGCUAUUUAUGAAUACGUUAAAGCUGAUUUGGGAGAAGAUCUUAAUGGAGUUAGAUUUUCCUUAACUACACCACAAAAUAAAACAAAUUUGUUAGACAUGUUAGAUAAGACUAUUGGGGAAGCUGGAUUAAAAAAUAGUAGUUUAUUACUUGAAAAAGAAUGA